ACAUUUGUUUGCUAAUUUGAUCAUGUGAAUUCGGAAACUGACUUUCAAAAAUAAACCUAAUGAGUCUAGCCUACAUGUAGCCUACAAAUAAAGAUAUUAUUAUAGUUUAUUCCAUUCAACUUCAUCUUUAUGUAGGUGUAUAGAGAUUUGUUUCCAGCUCUAAUGAAGUUAGCAGCGCCACUGACUGACUGACUGACCGACCGACCACCUGCAGGUUUGAGCGGCAAUGUCGUUUUUCAACGUCGAAAACUUUCAUUUUGACAGCAGCUCCCAUCAAAUGCAAUCCACCUCGCGACAGAUUAUCUGACUGUGUUAUUUAAGGACAGACAGCAGAUUGACCGACCUACUCACUGUGUAUCUGACGCUGUGCUGCUGAUAUAGAUGGCUCGUCUCCUGACCAGCACAAGAUGAGCAGAGAUGGACCAAAGCGGACAGGACAACAUGAGACAUUUAUGAAAAGUUUCCCUGAAGAAGCCGUUCUCGCUCGGAUCAGGAACAAUGUCUGUGAACAUCUCGAGCGGGAACAGCACACUUCAGCCCGCGCUUUUUACUCACAACGUUCCCGCGCUCAUAUUCGGCGUUUUGCUCAUUAUUGUGAUCAUUUGUGGAAAUGUGCUCGUGUGCCUCAGUGUUUACAAGGAAAAAGCCCUGAAGACAACGACAAACUAUUUCAUUGUGAGUUUGGCUGUGGCAGAUCUGCUGCUGGCAGUUUUGGUUUUACCCCUGUUUGUCUAUGCAGAGUUUCAAGGUGGUGUCUGGUCAUUGGAUGUGGCUCUUUGCGAUGGACUAAUGACCAUGGAUGUAAUGCUCUGUACAGCGUCUAUAUUCAACCUCUGUGCAAUCAGUGUGGACAGGUUUAUAGCAGUGUCCAUACCUCUUAACUACAACAGAAAGCAUGUCGACCAUCGGCAAAUGAUCUUACUCUCUGCCACGUGGCUGUUGGCGCUGGCUGUGGCUUCUCCUGUCAUCUUCGGAAUAAACAAUGUUCCUCAAAGAGACCCCACAGAAUGCAAACUGGAAGACAACAAUUACGUGGUAUAUUCGUCCGUCUGCUCCUUUUUCAUCCCGUGCCCCAUCAUGCUCCUACUGUACUUCGGGAUGUUCUAUGGCUUGCGCAAGUGGGAAGAAGCACGCAAAGCCAAACUGAGGAACAGUAUUCAGGCUUGUCGCAGUUUACAGCAUGCUGCGGUGGCUGCCGCCCUCCCGCCACUGGGGGCGCUGCCUGCAUCUCUGCCCCGGGUCAUUGAGAGGGACUUGGCCCAGUCCGGUCUUGAGGAGCUUGAUGACUUCACACGGCCCGUCUGCCCCUUCCCACCGGAGUAUAAAAACAGCCCCAUUCAAACCGUGGCCUACACUGACAUUAAGUACGGCCAGCCAACUCAGAGAAAGAAGAGGGCUAAGAUCAAUGGAAGGGAGAGAAAGGCCAUGAGGGUUUUACCUGUUGUUGUGGGCGUCUUCCUCUUCUGCUGGACGCCUUUCUUUGUAGUUCACACGACCCGAGCCCUGUGUGAGUCCUGUCACAUCCCUCCAGAGCUGAUGAGCACAGUGACAUGGCUGGGGUACGUCAACAGUGCUCUGAACCCAAUUAUCUACACCGUCUUCAACACUGAAUUCAGGAAGUUCUUCCGAGGAUUUCUACCCCGCUGCUGCUGCUGACAUUCAUCAAGACAUGAUAAUGCCAUAAUUUAUGCUAAAGACAUUUGUACUUAUAAACUGAACUGAAACUGUUUUAUUUUGUUGUUUUGCCAGUACUUUAUUUGUUUGUGCCUACCAUGUACUACAUCCAUAUUAUAUAUAUAUAUAUAUAUAUAUAUAUAUAUAUAGUGGACUUAUUUUCAGUACAACAAACAUUCUCAGCGGUGCCUGGAACAUUUGUGCAUCAUAUUAAAAUGUGCCAUGCUCUGUUAAAAUAUGCCUCAUGCAAAUUAAGCUGAUACAAAAUAUAUAAUGCAUUGCAUA